UGCAUAAAAUAUUGUGUUAUGAUGUGCAUAUAAAUUAGAGGCUGUAGCGCAGCGAUUUCUAUUAGAUGAACUACAUAAUUUUCCGUGUAGUGUUAAGUCUACAUUCCUGUUCUUGCCUAACCGUUCUAACCUUCUUCGUAUAAUAACAGACAGUGGAUUCUCCUAGUUAGUUAGGCGGGCCAUAGCGCUGGUGUUGGACCUGUUUGCGUAGACCCUGGAAUUUUUACAGGCAGUGCGCGACUAUCGCCACUACGCUCAUUGGCCAGCGCCGCUAUAUAAAAUGCCGCAGUGCCGUAUUUCACUGUAGACCACUGUUGGCUGGACAAGAGGGAGCUCUUUCGCUGCCAUACAACGGAUACCUAUGCUUUGAGCGCUCCAGCACGAUUGCUAAAGUGAAUGUUCUCGUUAUCUGAAUUAUUUUAAUCGUAUCUGAGAUUGGACAGCUUAAUUCACAAUGAAGGAGAGAAGAAUCCCACAGCCUUUGGUGGUGAGGUGUAAGCUUGUUUUGGUGGGAGAUGUUCAAUGCGGAAAAACAGCAAUGCUUCAAGUCCUUGCAAAGGAUUGUUAUCCAGAGACAUACGUCCCGACAGUAUUUGAGAACUACACUGCUGGCCUGGAGCUGGAGGAUCAGCGCGUUGAGCUCAGUCUUUGGGACACGUCGGGGUCUCCAUACUAUGACAACGUCAGGCCUCUCUGCUACAGCGACUCUGACGCUGUCCUCCUGUGUUUUGAUAUCAGCCGCCCAGACACAGUAGACAGCGCACUAAAAAAGUGGAAGACAGAGAUCCUUGAUUUCUGCCCCAACACACGCAUCCUCCUGGUAGGCUGCAAGACAGACCUCCGCACAGAUGUGUGCACUCUAAUGGAGCUGUCCAAUCAAAAGCAGACACCCAUCUCACAUGAGCAAGGUUCAGCCCUGGCAAAACAGCUGGGUGCUGAGGCCUACCUGGAGUGCUCGGCCUUCACCUCGGAGAAGAGCAUCCACAGCGUGUUCCGCACGGCGGCACUGGCCUGCCUCAACAAGCUGCAGCCGCCGGCCAAGCCCAGCCCCGCCCGCCGCCUGUCCAAGCGCCUGCUGCACCUGCCCAGCAGGUCGGAGCUGCUCACCUCCACCUUCAGCAAGGAGAAGGCCCGUAGCUGCUCCAUCAUGUGAACCCUCCUCCCUUUUCAAUCCAAGCCCCCUCAUCGAGCCAAAGAACAGCUCCCACGCGUUCAUUUCAGAAGCACCCUGGGAAAGGGGUGGGGUGGGGUGGGGUGGGGUUCGAUCACAAGCCCCUCUUGCCUCACCGGGUCACACUCCGUUUUAGCUUUGCCCUCAUCUCUCAAAAGAAAAACCAAACGAGCAGCUGCCAUCUUGGAUUUUAGGGUUUUAUCAGUGCACAUCAGUCUAGCUGUUGCUCUGUCUCUACACUGAGAGAGAAGUCAGGGCCAUUUCUCCCUCACACCAGCGUAGCAUCCUGCUGUUUCCAUUUUAUUGUAGA